AUGUUGAACAGCAUUGAGCCGACAUUGUCGCCACUGAAUGAUUUGUCAUUAUUCAAUGGGGAGUACAUGUUUGUCGAUCCCGAGUCGAAGCUAUCAAAGUAUGGUCCGAAAAGUUGGCGAUCAUCUCAUACACACGGCCUCGACGCCAAUGGCAAACCUCUUCUAGAAUUUCAUUUUCGCGUGCAAUUUUACAUCGAGAGCCCGCUUAUACUUCGAGAUGAAAUCACGCGACAUCAUUAUUAUCUACAAUUAAAAACCAACGCAGUGCAUCGUGAUGCUCCAAAAGAAUUUUCGGAACAAUCGCUACUUCUACUUGGCGGUUUAUCAUUGCAAGCUGAUUUUGGCGAUUGUCCUGAUGAUCAAAACUCUGAUUAUUUUCGUGCUGAAGAUUACAUUCCUUCUUCAUUGCGCACAACAUGGGGCAUUUCUGCACUGCACUCUUGCCAUAGAGAAAAUCGUGGAAUGUCACGUGCUGAUGCUGAAACCCAUUUUAUUCGCGAAGCAUGUGGACUUCAUGAAGCCAUAAAUGCACACAUAUUUAGAAUGAAAAGCAACAAAAACGAGAGCGGCGUUGGUUCGGCUUUAUUAAUUAUUUAUGCAAAAGGGCUUAAAAUAGUAAAUGAGACAACGCAAACACAACCGAUCACAUUUAUGUGGCCCGCCAUCUCAAAGCUCAGUUUUGAUCGUAAGAAAUUUGAGUUGAGAUCGGGUGAGAGCAAAAUAACGCUUUAUUCAGCUAAUGACGACAAGAAUAAAAUGCUUUUGGCAUUGUGUAGAGAGACGCAUCAGUUUUCUAUGAAGAUUGCACCUCGCUUAACGGAUGCUAUUAAGCGCGACGAAGAAGAGAGUAAUUGCAUUCAUGCAUGCUACCUUUAUUCGCGCACACUCAACUUGCAAUAUAAGAGCAAAAACGAUCAAAGAAUUUCUGUCAUAUCGAGCACAAGCUCGAAUACGACAUCGGGAAUUGUAAGCGAUCGCGUGCACUCCGAAGAUGAAUUAGAGAUAUUAAUCAACACACCACCGAUAGCUGCACCGUCAACUGAAAGUUUAGCACUUGCUCACCUCUUAGAUUGUCCAAGUGUUUCUCGACAAACAUCAUCAGUUGGACAAGUUUCACUUAAAGAUCUUGGCGAUACGUUGGCGGCUUUAUCAGUUCGGUCAAAUACUCGAUCGACAAGUAGCGAAGGAACGGAAACAUUGAAAGAAAAGAGCGAAAAAGAUUCGGAUGCUUCUCCUACAUCACAACAUAAUGUUGGAUCGCAAUGUUCAUCAACAUGUAGUACGAUUGUUGUAGACACGAUAUCUCUUUCGACACCUCUUGGACAACAUGAUGGUAGUGGGCGACGACAAUCGUCAACAUGUAGCAGUUUGGAAUUGGGUUUUAGUCAUACGGCACAAAAUUCAACUGUCAGUGAAGUUACAACAACUUCUACAAAUGAUACAAGAUUUGACAUCACUGAUGAACAUAACGACGAUGAAGAAACAACUUCGGGAGUUUAUACAUUAAACAAUCCAGCACCUACAGAAACGAGUGGCGUUUAUACUAUGAAUAGCAGUGAAUUAACUGGACAAUCAUCUGAAAUUGCUGAGUCAGAGUCACAUGAGAGUUCACACUACGGGAGUUUUCAUCCGAAUAGUGAGAUGGGUGAUAAGAUGAAUGGUAACAUUGAUUCUGUUGAUGGAGAAUUUCGGCAACGACUGAAUAGCGAAGAAAAUCAAUUUCGAAUGAGGUCAGAUUCAAAUAUUAGUGCUGCUGGUUCAUUUAGAGGUGAUGGAAGUGACCCUACUGAUAAUAAGCAUAAUCCGUUAAGUGCUGAAGAGUUGACAGAGUUGAUUGUUGGUCGUGGCACUUAUCCAUCACAUAAAACAGUCAGUGACACAAUGGAUUCAGAUUGCGACUACGUGACAUUGCCAUUACCACUUGAAGGCGAAAGUUAUUUGCAAGGAAGUGAAGAUACGGCACCGACUGAAGAUGAAUACGAGAAUGAUUUACUGGAAGUGACACCACCAGCACCUCCUCAAAGAAUUGACAGUAGAUCUCUUUCAAAUAUUGUUGACAUGCCACAACCUCCACCUUACAAUGCACAUCAUGAAACUACCGGUCUUCGUGGUCCUGACAUUGCACCGGAAAUUCCAUCACUUCCGAUACGAGAAUCACAAAUAUAUCCAAGGAAGUCUCUGAGAUCACUUUCCACUGUGAUUCCACCAACAACAAUUCCUGAAGAAACGCCAGCUAGGUUCAUAACAACUCGACCUCAUAUCAACAUUUUAAAGGCACACAGCAUGAUUGGAGAAUCAGCUAAACCAAGUUAUGCUGCACCAACAGUCAACACCAUAAACAAUUUAUCGCAAUCUCCAUUGCCAUCAGCUAGCUCGUUAGGUAUUCCAAUUGUGCCUUAUCAUAAUCUCCACCCAGCGCACAAAAGCUUCUCCCAUCCGCUCUACCACGAUACAAAAUCUGGUCCGAGAACGUGCGUUCUUUUACCAGUCAUUAAACCCCGAAGUCAACCUUAUGUUCCUCCCCCAACGAUGCCAAGACAACCACCGCCACCACCACCACCGGCACAGCUUGCCACAGUUUACACAAGUCAAUUAGCACGAUCACAAAUUGAACUUUAUCAGCAGCAACUUUACAGCGAUGUUGACUACGUCAUCUAUCCUUUACAAGAUCCCGCUGUUAGCCAACAAGAAUAUUUAGAUUCUAAACAAGGAUCAUUAUUAGCUGCAAUGGCACAAGCUCAUCCACCAUCAUAUUUGGCUUAUCACACUGUCCGAGCUCAUAAUCGUAGCUGGGAUGCAUGCAAAAAUCACGCUCUCUAUCGAAGCACUCCAUUCCUAUCAAUGGCACUUUCUUCACCAUCACGUUAUGCAUCGACACAAAAUCUUUCCGACACUUACGUUCAAUUGCCAGGAACUUACUCGCCUCUCUACAGCCCAUCUGUUGCAAGUUUAUGUUCGUCUUAUGAACCACCACCUCCUGCCCCGCCUUUAAGACAACAUCGUAUCGCACCCACAACAACUGUUUCAUCUAUAUCUUCGUCAGUGUUCUCACGAUCACGAUCUGAUGAUAAUAUUUUGAAUUUAAUAGAUUCAACACCAAAAUCCAGAAGACCAAUCCCCCCACCGCCUUCUUAUGAUAAGAAACCAAUUCGUAAGCCUCCCAUGCCAACACCUGUUGAAGUGCCUGAGAUUUCAGCUCCACCAUCCGUACCAGCAAAACCCACGACACUGAAGACUUCUUCACCUUCGUCAUCUACGAAGACGCCAACGAAGACUUCUAAUAGCUCCACAUUGGAACGGAAAACAUCGGCAAUAGCAUCAAGUUCCUCAUCAUCCAAACCACUAGAUUUAAAACUGUCACAUGUUAUUUGUCCCGAAUCAAACAAAAUCAUUGCUCCGAGUAAUUUAACAGCAGCACAACAACAGGCGAUUGACAUAAGUAUACUUAGAGAGAAAAGCAAAAAUCUCGAUUUGCCACUUAUUUCGGCACUCUGCAAUGAUCGUUCCUUACUGAAACAAACAAAAGCUUUUGUCAUGCCGAAACAUCCGAGAACAGCAAAUCAACAAAUUUCCGCUUCUUUGUCUUCCAAAGCUAAAUAUCCUGUAUCAGGACUUAGCACAACUCAACUAUCAAAAACACGAAAGACCAACGUUAGCCAUCGCCAUCCAAAUGACAAAUUGCCACCACUUCCCGUACAAACUGCUUCUGGUAACAAGAAUAAUUAUGUCAUGGAUCCAAUACCACUCAAACAAAAGACAAAUCAAAAUACAAAUCUUUAAGCUAUAAAUUCUUAGACAUUUAAUGCAUGGUAGCAAGUACACUUGAGUCUAGUUGUUAAUAGACACAAGUAGAUAGAGAUUGAAUAAUAAAUAAUUAAAAUAUAAAAAGUCAUUUUAAAAAUGAUGGAUAAUAAUUCGUUCAGGGCUAAAUAUAAUUCACUUCUAAGUAUAAGUUUUCAUGUGGCAAAACUAACGUACACAAAAAUAUGGAUACAAUUUCAAUUCAUAAAUAAUUCUUCCAGCAGUUUUAUUACUUUUAAUUUUAAUCUAGAAGCCUCUUGAAUAAGUAGUGAAGAAAGAGAGAAAAAAAUGUUUUCGUAGGUUGUGGGUUGUUAUUUUUUUUUAAAGUUCUCAUUAUAUUUUUCUUCAUCAUUACAGAUAUUUACAAUACAAAUAAGAUCAUGUUUGAUGUAAAGAGAAAGAAGAAAUUGUUCAUAGGAGUGUUACAUUCCAUUUGAUUGAGAUUAAAAGAAAGAAAAAAUAUAAGUCUUUCACUUUUUUUCCACCUUCCAAGCUUUAAAAGAGAAUAGAAGAAAUAUACAUUUGCUAUAAACUGAUUUAAUUUGAUGCAUUAUGCGUAGUUUAUGUUUAUCCGGUUUGGAUAUCGAUGAUAAUUGAGGAUUGAAGGAAGGGAAAAUAAAAAUUGGUUUAAAAGAAAUAUUUAUUGCCAUACACUCAUCAAGAAUGUCUUUAAGUAUGUUAAGAAGGCGGUAAUAGGAUUAUGACUAUUUUAAUAACAUGGAGAUUGAAAUAAAUGCCAUGUCCAAGAGAUGACAUGUUAUGGGGAUUGUACAUGCUUUAAGUCAAGGGUCACAACUAUAAUGAAUGAAACGCAUUUUAUGUCUUAAAAUGUUCCAUCAAUUCUACAUUUAUAAAAGGUGAAAAGAAUGAAAAAUGACGUGACACUUUAUACUGAAAAGUAUUUACAAUCCUCAGCAAAGAAAGGAAGAUUAUAAAUUGAUUUUAAAGAAGAAAUGCUGCUCAAGUCUUGAAAUUAGAAACGAGAAGAAUUAGAAAUCAAGUUUAUUAAAUACCUUUUAAGAAUCAAACUCGUUAUUAUGCAUUAAGAAGAUUUAAUCGGAUGAAAAUAGAAUUUUGAUAUUUGUAAUUUUUUUAUCCAUAACAUUUAAGAUUGUAGUAUUGUACAAUACUGUGCAUAAUUAAGAAUGUUAAUCGUUUAAUUUCCUCUGUAACUUUAUGAUUUAAGUGAUGCGAAAGAAAUUUUCAAAAAUACUUUCUGUAAUUCAUAUUAAAAGAAUAUCUAC